AUGCACAGGGACACUUCGAGCUGCAACACGUACAACUAUGGUGACGCUCAGUAUUGGGACGCGCGGUACGUCCAGGAGGGCAGCUCCUUCAACUGGUACCAGCGCUACACUACUCUCCAUCCUUUCGUUCGGAAGUACGUCCCCACCUCUUCUCGGGUUCUCAUGGUCGGCUGUGGCAAUGCCGUUAUGUCAGAGGACAUGGUCAAGGAUGGAUAUGAAGACAUAAUGAAUAUUGAUAUUUCAUUAGUGGCCAUUGACAUGAUGAGAAGAAAAUAUGAGAACACCCCUCAGCUGAAAUAUAUGCAAAUGGAUGUCAGGAACAUGAGCUUCUUCCCUGAUGAAUCAAUUGAUAGUGUCAUUGAUAAAGGAACUCUUGAUUCUUUGAUGUGUAGCAUUGAUGCUCCGAUUAAUUUUGCUCAAAUGCUAGGGAAGCUUCUUAAACCUGAAGGGAUCUAUAUGUUGAUUACCUAUGGUGAUCCUACAGUGAGGAUGCCACAUUUGAGUCGACCUAUGUACAAAUGGAAAACUGUGUUGUACAUCAUACCUAGACCGGGAUUUGUGAGACCUGGAAGUUUUAGUUUGACAACAAAGUCAUACUUGGAGCCUGUUCCCACCACUGAGGAGGGUUUACUACCAGUAGACUUUGUUUUGGAAGAUCCAGAUUCUCACUUUAUAUACGUGUGUAAAAAGAUGGACGAAACAGAGCUAAGUAGUAUGCCCAUCUUCCCCUUGACAAACGAUGUUUUUUAG